CUUUGGUUUAUAUUCUUUUGUUUUCUCUCUUGCAAUUGGUCGAGUAUUUAGUACUUGUUAGAACGAUCACGGAUUCUCUAUUAGCCGUUGAUCGAUGGUUUCGAAAUAUUCAAUGCGGAACGAACUCUUUUCGUCUCUGCUCUCUCUUGCUUAUCGCUUUGUACUGUGCAUUAUGCAACAGCAAAAAACGUCGGAAGAUUGUAGCGACUAUAUGAAUGAUAUGAAUGAUAAUUACGAUUAUAACAAGUUACAUUAAAAUUUGUAGUGGUUCGUGAACGAUGAAAUCCGCUCGUAUGAUACCUUGGUCGUUACCUUACCUAUGUUAUAUACUUUUCGACCCAACAACGUCGCAAUGGGCUAAGUGUAUGUGUUUUUAAUCUCAUAAAUAAUUAGCAUAUCCGGUAAUAACAAUGCGAGAGUCGUAUUAAUUAAACACUUUAUCUAUGCAAACCAAUCGACGACUCGUUAUGCCAUUUUAUCGGGCUAUGUUUUAUGCAAGAAUUUUACGCGCAAAUCUUUACAGAUUUAUUCGACGUGAUGAUAUUGAAUUGCGAUUAGAAUUAUUUCGAAUGCAUGAACGAAUAAAAGGGCCGAGAACACGAUUGUUAUCGAGGAACCUUGAAAGUCUUAUUAUUUUUCUACUCGAUCAUGCUCGAUCAUUUACAACUAUGCAGAUAGCGAUGUGUUUGAUCAGUUGUUACAAUUUUUCCGACGUAGUAAUUAUUUGUAAACCGUAAUUGAGUUAUAUAUAAACACUUGUAACAUGCUCGGUCGGCGGAUUAAUAAUUGCGAUUGCGUAAAUAUCGCAUUGGAUGUCGUAUGACAACGACGAUGAUAAUCGUUGCCAUAACACUCUCGCGAAACAGAUAUUAUCGCAAGGCAGUAACACUCGUCGCGAGUCUUAUGAUAAUUAGUGAACAGGGCUUGCAAAAAAUAACAAAGAAAAUCUUCCAAAUGUAAAAAUAGCGCAGACCGAAAUUCAAACAAAUUACGCAGGUCGCGAGUAAUCGCGAAGAUAAGGAAGAAAUUCAAAUAUAUGUACGUACGUACACGAAACAUUUGAAUCACGAUGGAGUCAAUACAAACAUCUUUCGAUGUCGAGUUGGAACAAGGUUAAAGAAUCUUUAAAGAGAUUCUUUUACGCAUCUUUUAGAUAAAUACGUGUGCGCGCGCGCGUGUAUAUAUACGUAUACAUGCAUACAUCAUACAUGUGUGUGUGUGAGUGUGUGUAUGUAUAUAGACACACACACAAUCGUCGAAUCGGCGAUAAUUAAAUUCAUUCUUGUUGAUUGGAGAAAUGAUUCGACAAUGUGUAGAUAACACAUUUUCAAGUAAGGAACACGUUCUGAUAUUUCGAGUGUCGUCUUUAUUUUACUUUCAUUGUUCACGCCCCGCUUACAUUCAGGCGUCUUCCUAAGAGAGACAAACAAAAGACGACACUUCACCACAUUCGCUAUCAGACCGUUCUAAACGAUGCGACGCGAUGCGACGCAAUCAUAGAGAAUCGACUAGUUGAAUAUUUUAGUCUAAUUAGACCUUGAAAGUGACCACGUAUAUUCUUGCCUUCGCUUUGCUUUUUUGCUUAACUAAAUACUUAUGAAUAUAAAUACUUACGAACUACUAAACUAAAAGAGAAAGAGCAUCGAUGUGUAAUUGAUGCAAAAAUCGCCUUCAUCGUAUAUAGAAUGUGACGACGCUAUUGAAAACGUCCUUCGUUUCGCGUUAUACGAUACUUAUGCAUACAUACGUGUGUAAGUACGUACGUAUAUUCUGUCUUCAAAUUUGAAACUGUAUAAGAUUAUAAAUCGUGAAGCGCAUAGUGCAUCGAACGAACGUUAUUGUCUCCGUUAAACGACUAACUCGGUUUGAACGCGAACACGCUCACGAUACCUAUCAUCUCGAACGUCAGUAUUUUAAAUAUAUUCCGGAAUCACAUGAAACGUCAUAGAUCCCGUCUUGCACGCGAGACUUUCCCGUUGGUACCCGUUAAUCAUAAAAAUCGUUUAUUACGGACGAUUCGCCUAGUUUUAUUUAUAAAAACGAAACAGGACAUACGAGCAAGUUCCUGUAGGGAGAUAGAGAAUAAUGAAAAUUCUCGAGAUCGCUUUUUUUACGAAGUUAGGAUCAGGACGCAACCCUAGGAGAGCUCGAAAGUUGUCGUCCGUACGCACGCACGCACGCACGCACGCACGCACGCACGCACGUCGCCCGCACGCACGCAUGCACGUGAAACGUAUGUAUUCACUUGCUUUUAUUACGCUCUCACUCGUCGAGCAAUCACGCCUGGUCGACCCAAGAUUAGAAUCUCGUCUCCCGACGAGUCAGCUAGGACGAUACAGGAUGUGCACGCACACCAUGCGACAUAUAUAAUUCAUUCCGCUCUUUGGCCGAUAUAGCGAGUACUUACGUGUCGCCUUGUUUUCGACCGACUGUGCCAAUGGGGUAGAUACGCGAGAACCGUUGACGCAUCGAGCAACGUUUAAAUACCACACUCCUCGUUUAAUCGCCGUCAUCCGAUUUAUGCUAAAUACAUAUUCUACCUGUUCGAUAUCUUUCAGCAGAAAACAAAACAUUCGCUCGUUCGUCUUUUUUCCAAGCGGAACGUUUAUAUAUAUCCGAGUGCUAUGUAUUACGCGUACGAGGCGUGUUUUUUAAACGUCGUCCGUUUUACGAAGUAGAGAAACUCUCCUUAAUUGCCGUCGGCGACGAAUGUCUUUGGUCAGAUUCGUAUUUGUCAUCGACGCCUGUCAAUAAUUUACAAGGGGCGUUGCGAUAAAUAAUCUCGUCUACCGUCAAGUUCGUCUUAUCGUCAGAUUUUCGUUAGUAAAAAAUAAUAGUUUUCUAAACUGAAAUUCAGAGACAACGUUGCCGGGCUCACGGGCGCGACACGUGAAAGACGUGGGUCACUGUCCACUGGGACGCCCACGUCGUCUUCGAGGAACGACAACGUUCGACCUCAUGCUGCAGUUCGAACAGUUCGAACGUUGAAAUCAUUUUUCACCCAUCCUUCAACGGACACCUCGCACCAACGGAUUAGUCCUUAUUUGUAAAAACGCUGACUGGCAUCGUCGGCUGACUGGCAGCCUUCGAAACGAUGGCAAACUAAGGAACGCAUGGUGUGAGAUUUUGACGGUAGGCUUGAAGCGGUUCCACGAACUUGGCACAUGAAACCGGAACUUCACAGCGAUCCUGUAGGAGUUCCGGUGGGAGCGCUGUCGCCCCCGGCCACCCUAUCGCCUCCCAGUAGCCCCAACGUGACGUUACCACCCUCUCCUUGGAGCCCAGGCGCUCCGGGAAGCAGCGCGAGCAGCGCUGCCUUCUCGAAUCUUGCCUCUAACUUCUGCGUACCUGUUCCGGACCGUUUCAGCGCUUUUACUCUCGUGUCCGGAUAUGGUUCGGACCUGCGACUACAAAAUUUGCCUCAUACCGCGAACGUAGCUACGCGAGAGAUGCGUUGCGGUCUGAUGUACAGUGGUUACGCGACGUCCGGGACCACUUGGUGGACCCGAAACGUAGGCUUUCUGUUGCCGCAUUCCCUUCUGCCGCCGUUAAGAAUUCCAGCUCAGCAAACGACACCGGUCGCCAAUUGUUCGCCCAUCCAUCCGGAACCUCUAAGCCCGGUCAAACCAGGCUCGCCGAGAUGCACCACGGAAAAAGCUGCAAUCGAGGAAGAAGUACCUCUGAAUCUUAGCACGAAACCAAACGACGUCUCGUCGAACAUCACCAGGAAGAAUGAAAUUUGGUCGCCUGGAUCAGUUUGCGAAAGAGAGGCCAGAGAAACGAAAGCACCGUCUUCUAAAAAUCCUUUGGCGACUUCUAUAAUCAACAGGCAAAUUCAUCAUUCACCCCUCACUCCAUCGUCGUCGUCCGAAAGAAGCUUUCAAUGCAAACAAUGCGGGAAAGCAUUCAAACGGUCGAGCACGCUCAGCACUCACCUUCUAAUUCACUCCGACACGAGACCCUACCCCUGUCAAUAUUGCGGCAAGAGGUUUCACCAAAAAUCGGACAUGAAGAAGCACACGUACAUUCACACCGGUGAGAAGCCCCACAAAUGCGUGGUAUGCGGUAAAGCGUUCUCGCAGAGCAGCAAUCUGAUCACUCAUAUGCGCAAGCACACGGGCUACAAGCCGUUCCAAUGCGGCCUCUGCGACAAGGCCUUUCAAAGAAAGGUCGAUCUUCGAAGGCAUCGAGAAGGUCAGCAUCCAGCGGCGCCGGCGUUAGACUAUCGCUCGCUUCAGGUUGCGUCGGCUGGUGUCGGCGAACAAAGUGCCAUUCAACGUAACAGCACCCGGCAACCUCGGUGCACGCCAUCACCACCACCGUCACAAGCAGCGAUACAACAACCACCAGCACAGCCGCUCUCCGGUACCACCGCCAGCGGCAGCACAGCCCCGUACAGAACGAUACCGGUUCCGGGUAGCAGCAGCAGCAGCUGAGAUUCGUCUCACCGACCGUCCUUUCCUUCUUGCAGGUGUACGCACGAUUCCACGGGAUCACCGAACGCGCGCCAAGCGUCGCACUCUAAUUCGACUACACUUUUUACUUAGUCUCACACCUUUCGAAUCUCUGCCUUGUAAAUAAUCCACGACGAAUUGCUACUGCUAACGGAGACACCAUGAUUACGAGAAGGUAUUUCAUUCCUUCGUUCGUUAUCCAACAGCAUACAUAUUUCGAGGAUGUUUUAGAUAUUUGGAAGACGGAGAAAAGUUUUCGACUUGUCGAACGUUGGUGAGUAAAGUUUAAUAUACCCAAUCUUUUCGUCGCAUUGAUAUAUGACAAUUUUUUGAAAAAAAAAAAGAAAGAAAAGGAAACAGGGACGAAAAAGAGAGGUGGGGGGGGGGGGGGAGAGAGAGCGAUGUCUUAUCGAUCGUCCAAUGCAUCGGUUUCUUCGCGUAAAUGUACACGCGUUCUCUAUGAAUGAAAACGAAAGUAUUCGGCGAACAUAAUACAUUAAAAAGCUCGAAAGAAAACAAAGGUCCCUAAAGUGGAAGUGCCAUUAUCUUAAAAACAAUGGCCGAUUUUCUGUCAUUCGUUCGUCGUAGCGCUUCUUUGAUAUCGAUCGACGCAUUAACGUUGAUUGUUCUCGUGGCGAAGGGACAACGUAUGCUGUCUCUUAAACGAUGUUUUCUCGCAAGACUACUUUUUCGUACGUUACUCGUAUGUAUUACAUAAUAAAUACACGGGUUAAUACGAAGGAAAGGAACGAACGAACGAACGUACGUAGGGAAGCGUAUUAUCGUGAAACGCGAACGACGAAAUCGUCGUAAAAGCAGAUUCGCGUGUGCAACUGGAUGUGAUGGAUGGACGCUAGAUUGGCUCGAAAUAACACGCGAGUACCACCGUGUUCUUCUUUGACGCUGCGUUUGAUUUUGAACGGGAAGAGCAUGGAUCACGCGUAUACGACUCUUUGCGUUUGGGUUGCGUUUGUCUCUUCUCUAUCGACGCGAACUCAUCGAGGAAAACGAACACACGCGAUAGUAGAAAAAGUAGAUUUCUCCCUCCACCUCCCGCCCCCCCUCUCUCUCUCUCUUCGAAUUCAACUUUCACACACAAAAUUUGCCAUUAUAUAGAACGGCGUUAACAAUUAUCGUAUAUCAGUGUACAAGUUUGUACUCUUAACGUCCAAGCUAUAACGGAAGAAGAAAUUUCUCUAUUGGUCGCAGCGUUAUAAUUAUCUUUAUCUUUUCUGCGAACGAAUCUAUCUAAUAACGAAUAUUUCAAGAGAAAUUGAAAUAAGGAGUGUUGAAAGGAACGUUGUUAUCGAAUCGGUGUUUCAUUCCCGAAUGUCGCUUUGUUUGUUCAAUUAAUUUAUACGUAUUUACUGUCUUGACGAUAAUUCGUGUAAAAUUGUAAACACCAUAAUGAAUUCAUGACUUUAUUUGUAUCGAGAUAUCUAUCGAAAUAUUAUACAUAUAUAAAGAAAGUUUGAAUAAAAUACAAAUUUAUAUAUACUAUUUGUAGAAAAUUAUAUUAUAAUGUAGCAAAGAUUAAUCAUGAAUGAAAUAACAUGAACCGUCCACUCGUUUCGUUGAUUCAUUUGUAUGUAUGCGUGGAUGCGUGCGUGCGUACGUGCGGUUAUACAUAUAAAAUAUGUAUUUUAUGCUUUAGCGAAAAUUUAUUAUACAAGUAUGACACGCAUCUCGAGAUGUGUACGCAGAUGGCAUCAAGAACGUUCAAUGCCCUGAUUAAUGCACGUUGCCUGAUUUUGACAAAUUUUAUGAAUCUUAAAUAAGAAUUAAACAACUUAUCCUACAUUUAAUUAAUUUCUUCGCUUCAUUCGAUACACGUAAAUACGUAAAUGAGGAUUUUCCUGUUGCCAUCGCAUAUAUCGGAAAAUUAUUUAUUUGCUACUAACAAUUCAUAAAUAAAUUUCUGUUUGAACGCAUAGAUAUUCUCAAAUAAAACGUUUAACGGUAUCGAGAUAAAGGCAUUGCUAUGAUUUCAUCUUAUAAAAUCUCAUUGGAUAUUAUUUUUCACCAAAAUUUCAUUUGAAUCGUCGUUUUUUUUUUAUUAUCUUUAUAUAUAAGUAUGUUCUUGAAAGAUCGUGCACGUGAUUAAUGCAAAUGAAUGUUAUUAAUACUAAACAUAGAGCGCUCUUUAUCUAUUACAUGUCAUAGUCUAUCAAAGCCAAAGUCGUACGGUUAGAGAGAUUUUUUUGUACCGGUUAAUAGUUAAAUUUUGGAAGCAACGAGAAUGAAACAAAUAUUAGAUCGUUUCAUUAUUUCUGCCAUAUUUUCUACGGACGCGAAUAAAGUUUUAUCCGUUGGACGUAACAAUUCUGAUAUUGAUGCAGGAAAUACGUCAGAAAUUAUGCAACGAUCUAAUAAAUUUCCGCGAUAUAUAGGUAUAUAUAUAUAUAAACAAACCAUACACACACACACACACACACACUACACACACUCGCGCGCUCGCGCGCGCGCUUGUUUGUGAAUUGGUGAGAACAAGUGCAAAAUUUUACGCCGAAAUAAAAAUGGAAAGAAGAACUUUCGUAUGGUCGAUUGUAUAAAACCGAGAAUGUAUAAAAAAAAAGAAUACAUGUAUAAAAUAGAUAUAUAAGCGUGCAAAUGUACUUUUAACGAUCGAUACACAAUUAUUCGUACAAAUACGUGAAUUUCAACUUACGAAACUUAACUCGUUACGCAUCUGUACAUUUCUUCUUCUUGUGUCCACGUUUCACUAUAAUCAGCAUCUCGUACAUCUCUGCGUAUAUGUAUGAUACAUUUGAAAAUUUCUAUAUAUGUAAGUACUUUUGAAUUUAUUAACGAAAGAAGAUACACACACACACACAUUUACUCUAUACGAAUAAUUCUCUAAAAUCGAUUGUAGAAAAUAUAAAAAAGAAAAAGAGUCGAAACGCGAAAAGCUUCACAUUUCGAAAUUCGAUGUAUAAGAGAAAAAUCAUAGCGGCUAGAGGACCAAAGAUAGUAUAAAAUGGACCCGGCUGAUUGGUAAUCUUCGGGUUUUUACAGAGAAAACGAAGAAGAUGGUUUUAUUUGUACUUUGAAAGUACUUUUAAGAACCCGAAACAAAAAUCAAAGCCUUAGGUCCUUCUUACGCGCUAGUAUAAGUAGUUUGUUAAUUAGAGUAUUAUUUACGAUCGAAUCGACUUAAAUCGAUUCGUCUUAAGUCGAUCUAGUACAGUGCUCGCGCAUGCUUGUUUAUGAGCGAAUCUAUGAUAAUAGGUACGGUAUCGUCGUCGUUGCUUCGAAAUUUCUUCUUUUCCUUCUUUAUCUUUAAGGAGAAUUCGAACGUGUGUUGAUACGCGUUCUUUAUAUGCGAAUGAUUGUGUAUAAUUACUCGAUAAGAAGAUACACAUAAGAGAAAUCAAACCAAUAGAUAAAUAAGUAUAUCAUUUUGUCGUAUAAAAAAUGUAUGCAUGCACGCGUGUAUGUUUGAGAGCGAGAAAAUGUGAAAAAAGGGAAUAGACGGUAGAUGAGCAAGUUUUACGAGAUGAAAGAGUAAGUGCAAGUACGAAUGGAAAAAUUGCGUUAGUUGAUAAACCAAAAAUAUGUUUAUUAUUGCUAAAAGAAGAUAUUGAUUGAAUAAAAUGUUUUCUUAUAUAUCCGUUUUCCAUUA